GUCUCCGCCAGUUGCGAGCCGCUUUCUUUCGUGGGUCUGAUUUUAAUCAGAAGAGUACCAUCCAUUGCAGCGAGUGCUUCGUGUCGGUCUUCCCGUUUCAACGAUGAAAAGUUUCGUUUCCUACUCGGCUGACUGCGAUUUCCCUAUAGAAAAUCUCCCAUUCGGCGUGUUCUCAACAAAUGACAACCCAGAGAAGAGGAUAGGCGUGGCGAUUGGAAAUGAGAUUUUCGACUUGAAGAGCGGCGCGCAUUUCUUCACGGGACCUAUUUUAAAUGAACACCAGGAUGUCUUUCGAAAGGACUGCCUCAACGAUUUCAUGGCCCUUGGAAGGCCCGCUUGGGUGGAAGCAAGAAUCACUCUCCAGCACUUGCUCGCAGCUGAUAACAAAACCCUACAAGAACCGGGAAUUCGAUCCAAGUCUUUUGUGUCUCAAGAAUCAGCAACAAUGCACUUACCGGCAAGAAUCGGCGAUUAUACCGACUUCUACUCGUCCAUUCAUCAUGCAACUAACGUGGGAAUAAUGUUUCGAGGGAAGGAUAAUGCUCUAAUGCCCAAUUGGAAAUACCUUCCAGUAGGUUAUCAUGGGAGAGCCAGCUCCGUUGUGGUUUCUGGAACUCCGAUAAGAAGACCAAGAGGUCAGACACUUCCCGUGGAAGGUGAACCUCCGGUUUUUGGUCCAUCCAGGUUAAUGGACUUCGAACUGGAAGUCGCCUUUUUCGUUGGCGGACCUCCAACGAAACUUGGCGAGACCGUGCCAGCUUCCAGAGCUUACGAGCACAUUUUUGGGAUGGUUCUGAUGAACGACUGGAGUGCUCGUGAUAUCCAAAAGUGGGAAUACGUCCCACUGGGGCCCUUUGGGGCGAAGAACUUGGGAACAACUAUUGCCCCCUGGGUUGUCACCAUGGAAGCAUUGGAACCCUUCAAAGUCCCGAACUAUCCUCAAGACCCAAAGCCGUUUGAGUACUUGCAACACGAGGAGUCCUGCAAUUUUGAUAUCAAACUGCAAGUAGAUAUUAAACCGCCCAAUGGUGUGGUCUCCACCGUCUCUCGCAGCAACUUCAAGUACAUGUACUGGACUCCUCGGCAACAGUUAGCUCAUCACACCGUGACCGGAUGUAACAUCAAUCCCGGUGAUCUGAUGGCUUCCGGGACUAUCAGUGGCGACACCGCCGACUCUUACGGAUCCAUGCUCGAGUUGAGUUGGAGAGGCACCCAGCAAGUGUCGCUAAAAGACGGAACUACCAGGAAAUUCCUUCAAGACAACGACGAAGUGAUUAUAACGGGGUACUGCCAGGGAGAAGGUCUCAGAGUUGGCUUCGGUUCUUGCACCGGGAAACUCCUUCCACCAAUUGAAUAAAGAACUCCAUUUCUUCCUCCUAGAGCCACAUAAAGUGUGUCAUCUAUCCAAAGUAAAUCCCCCUGGAAA